AUGUGCAUUGUAACAGCAGCCAAUAUAUUUGAGUACCAGACAGAUUCCCAACCGUUACGUCCAUGUGAACUUCAGAGGGAAAAGGCUUUUUCAGGAGGAGAAACCUACGUUCCUCAGUGCUCAGAAGAUGGCCAGUUCAGGACAGUUCAGUGCAGUAGGAACGGUCUUUCCUGUUGGUGCGUGGAUGAGAAUGGCAUUGAGGUACCUGGCAGCAAACAGAAUGGAUAUCCCAUAUCUUGCUUAUCCUUUUGCCAGCUGCAAAAGCAGAGGAUCUUGGUCAGUCGCUACAUCAACAGCAGCAGCAUCUCCUACAUCCCUCAGUGCCUGGAUUCAGGAGCAUUUGAUGUGGUGCAGUGUGACAUGGAGCUGGGUCAGUGCUGGUGUGUAGAUCCAGAAGGAAUGGAGAUUUAUGGCACCAGGCAGAGAGGAAAGCCAACACGGUGUCCAGGGAACUGUGAGAUACGAGACCGUCGCAUUCUGCACGGGUUUGGGGAGAAGAGCCCACCACAGUGCUCAGCAGAUGGAGAGUUUCUGCCUGUCCAGUGCAAAUUUGUCAACACUACAGACAUGAUGUUUUUUGAUCUCGUUCAUAGUUAUAACAGGCUCCCAGAGGCUUUCCAAACGUUCAGCUCCCUGCGGGAGUCGUUCCCGGAGGUCUCUGGGUACUGUUACUGUGCGGACAGCCUGGGGAGAGAGUUAGCAGACACUGGUUUGGAACUGCUGCUUGAUGAAGUUUAUGAUACGGUUUUCUCUGCCGUGGAGCCUCCCCGUGUGUUCUCAGAGACCAGCAUGUAUCGGAUCCUGCAGAGGCGGUUUCUGGGGGUGCAGCUAGCUACCUCUGGCAAGUUCAGAUGCCCCUCAAAAUGUGAGGUUGAGCGGUAUGCAGCCCUGCGUUACCAGCACGGCUACGUGCCGGCUUGCGACACUGAUGGGAGCUACACGCCGGUGCAGUGUCAGCAGGGAGGACAGUGCUGGUGCGUGGACACCAAAGGGCGAGAGGUCCAGGGCACAAAGCGACGAGGACAGCCCCCUGCCUGCGGUGCGGAACAAGUGUGUAUCUCUGAGAGGCGACGGGCCUUGUCCAGGAUCUUUUAUGGCCCUGCUGGGUACUUCAGUCAGCCCAAUUUGUUUUCCAUGCCAGAUAUGCAGUCAGAAAAAAUAUCUGGCUUCUCAAGACCCUGCCCUCCCUCCUUGAAGGAACUGUUUCUGGAUUCUGGAUUGUCAUCCCUAAUUGCACAAAGACUGUAUGUCAGCCAGAUUCCUGGGCUAGAAACCACCCUUAGCGAAGCCAUCACAGGGAUGUUCCCGUCAAGGGAACUGGCUCAAGUGGCACUGCAAUUUACUGCCAAUCCAAAGGGUUUCCAAGAAAACCUCUUUGGAGGGAAGUUCUUGAAGAAUUUGAUCCAGUUUAACUUCACAGGAGCACUUGGCACUAGUGGGAAAUAUAGCAUUGGUCAAUUUUUCCCACAGGACGAUGUGGCAGAGAGGGAUAAUGGCCAAGGACUUCUGGAAUCAGUUGAGGCAUUUUCAUUGGAGGUAUCAAAGGGGAGCUCCAUUUUGAGUAAACCUCUUGUAGACAACUUUGGCCGCACAGUAACUCUACAGGACAAUCAGAAUAUGAUGAAAUUCCUUUCCUCUGUCCUGGAACUACCAGAGUUCUUUACUUUUCUUCAGCAAGUGAUUUCUGUCCCCAGAAGCGUUGCUGAAGAUUUAGGCCAAGUGGUGAAACUAGCACUGGGAUCUCAAGACUGUGGUGAGGAGCCAAGGGACCUGUUUGUUCCAACGUGCACCAAGGAGGGGAGGUAUGAGGAAGUUCAGUGUUAUGCAGGAGAGUGCUGGUGUUUGGACACUUCAGGUAAAGAAGUUCCAGGCUCAAGAGUUCAAGGCAAACGUCCAAGGUGUCCCACUGAUUGUGAGAAGCAAAGGAGAAAUCUGAAAAUCUUGAAGCAAAGCCUGCCUGCAGGAUCUGAUAUUUUUAUUCCCUCUUGUACCAAGGAUGGAGAUUUUCUGCCACUCCAGUGUUAUGGGACGAAUUGCUUCUGUGUUGAUUUGAGUGGCAAGACUAUUCCAGGAAUAAGGGGAAAAGCUGGAAAACCAAUGCGAUGCCCAAGUGCUUGCCAAGUAACAGCUGGUCAGGAGUUUCUGAAGGCUGUGAAACUCCUGUUGUCAGAUCCAAGUGCUCUGUCUCAGCUCUCCAGCAUUUACCUCCCGCAGUGUGAUGCUGAUGGUGCCUGGAGGCGGGUGCAGUGCAGUGGCCCUCCCGAGCAAGCCUUCGAGUGGUACGAAAGGUGGAUUGAAGAGAACAAUGAAGGCAAGACCCUACCCAUUGCUAACCUACUGAAUGUUAUAAGUGGAUAUAAAGAGGCGUCUUCCAAAGGCUUUUCAGCUUUUAUUAAAGCUUUGUAUGAUGCUGGGCAUCAGAAUAUCUUCCCAGCAUUCACCACGUAUUCCUCCUUUGCUGAUCUCCCACCUGAAGUGCUGGAAGGAAAUGUGACCUAUGCAUCUGAGAACAGUUUACUGGAUCCAUAUACAUUCUGGCAGCUUCUCAAUGGACAGCUGACCUAUUACCCAGGAUCCUAUACUGAUUUCAGCACUCCAUUAAGCCACUUUGAACUUCGUGAGUGUUGGUGUGUUGAUAGCAAAGGAGAAGAGCUGCAAGGAACAAAGGCAGAAGUGAACCAGGUCCCAGCAUGUCCUGGUAUAUGUGAAGGUGUUAAGCAGGAAGCCAUGAAAUUUAUGGAGGAGGCAGAGCAGCUCAUCCUGGCAUCAAAUAGUUCCCACUUCCCUUUUGGAGAAAGCUUCUUGAUGGCAAAGGGAAUACAGCUCACAGACAACGACCUCCUACGUUCUGCUCAGCCCUACGAGACAGAGGUGGUGAUCUCUGAAAAGCUGUUAUCGGGCAGUGACUAUGCUCUCCAGCUGGCUGCACGGUCAGUCUUGCAUUUCUACUGGCGGAGUCACUUUACUUCAAAACGCUCUGCUGGGGAAGCAAUACAGCUGGGAUUUCUCCCUUACAUCCCACAGUGUGAUGGCCUGGGAUACUGGGAGCCAACUCAGUGCUAUGAGAGCACAGGUCAUUGCUGGUGUGUGGACGAGAGAGGACGUUAUGUCAUGGAUUCCUUGGUCUCACGCUCAGCCGAACUUCCCAAAUGCCAGACAUCAUGUCAGCAAUCUCAAACCAAUGCCUUAAUUUCCAGCUGGAGACGGAGCGGUUCAAAACUGGAUGCUUCUACAGCUGAUCUGUUUGUCCCCUACUGCCUUAAGACAGGAGAAUACGCCGUGCUGCAGAGAUCCGACACAGAUAUUUGGUGUGUAGAUCCUGUGUCAGGAGAAGUAUUUCAACGUGGCAGCAAGGAUUUGGAUGGCAAUCCUGAGUGUCCUAGUUUCUGUAAUAUGAUGAAAUCUAAAACUGGUUUACGAGAAGAUGGCAAAGGCUACAUCCCAGAGUGUGAAGAGGACAAUGGGGCUUUCUCACCCGUGCAGUGCAGCCAGGAUCGAGAGAGCUGCUGGUGUGUUUUUGACAAUGGAGAAGAGGUGCCGGGAACACGAGUAAGCGGAGGAAGACCUGCUUGUGCAAGUCCACAGUGUGCUCUGCCAUUUGGUGCCUCAUCUCUUCUCAACGGAGCUGUAUUUUGUGAAAACAUUUCUGAGCAAGCUCCAAGUGUUCAGCAGUGCCGGCUGGUGUGUCGCCAGGGCUUCCGCAGCGCCUCUUCCAGCACGGCGUUUCAGUGUGAUGUGCAACAGCGGCGAUGGGUCUCGGCUGCCCCGCUCCAUCAGGCCUGCCAGAAGCUCCAAUUACUUCAGACAGUCCAAGCUCAAACACACUUUCAACUACUGCUGCCUCCUGAGAAGACCUGUAGUUCUGACUACUCUGGGUUACUCCAGGCAUUCCAGAUAUUUAUUUUAGAUGAGUUAAAGGCUCGUGGCUUAUGUCACCUCCAGGUAAAUGCUUUUGGAACUACCGGCUCGGUUUUUGUCUGUGAUGAUUCCACUGUCUAUGUCGAAUGCCUCAGCGUGGACCGCCUGGGGGUGAACGUCACGUGGAGGACUCAGCUGGAAAACAUCCCAGCAGCUUCUCUCUCUGACUUACAUGAUAUUGAAAAUGCAAUUGUUGGGGAAAAUCUCAUUGAAGAAUUUAUAAAAGAGAUUAAGGAGGGUGACUUUCUGCUGCACUUGGACUCCAAGCAAUUCCUAGCAGAUUCUUUCGUUGAUUUUCCCCGGGAUGAAGAGUUUGACCUGUCUCCAAGUGUGUUGCUAGGAUGUAGAAGCGGAUUUCGAAGAAUUUCAUCUCCUCAGAAAGCAGUCCCAAAUUCACAAGGGUGUGUCUGCUUCCCUGGAGCAGGCUGCCUUUUGGCCAACAUCCUGCUUAGGGCUGCCAAACUCACCUUUUCGACGGAUCCCCGUCGCUGUGCCUGGCACCCUGUGUACCAGACCAUGCUGCCAAAAAGCCUUUGCCUGAGCAGCCCCGGUCUUGUUUCUGUCAAUCAACAUCAGCCCUCCUACAGGGCACCCCUCAUCAUUCUCGUUGGCGCAAAAUACAUGUAUCAAGAGCUUGAAGCCUAUGUUGUUUGUCCUCCGGGCAGUCAUUUCCAGAACGAUGAAUGCAUUCCCUGUCCUCUUGGCUACUAUCAGCAUCAGACAGGACGUUCCUCAUGUAUAAAGUGUCCCGUGGACAAAACUACCGAGUCCUAUGGGGCAUUCAGCGCAGAUCACUGUGUCACAUACUGUCAAAGCAAUGAGCAGCGUCUGCAGUGUGAUGAAGAUGGCCAGUAUAGACCUUCCCAGCAAGACCCUGACACUAAGAAAUACUUCUGCAUCAGUAGCUUUGGAGCAGCACUGGACUGGACUGAAACAGAUGAUCUCCUUACAGAUUACCAGUGCCUAGUGCUCAGAAAAUUUGAGAGAGUUCCUGCCUCCAGACUGAUUUAUGGAUCAGAAGAAGCUCAGAUUCUGGAGUCUCAGUCAUUUGGGGGAGACCUGGAAAGUCCAUCUUUUCAGUGCAUUUCAGGCUGUGAGAGCGAAGAAGCAUGCGGUUUUGCCACUGUAACUCCUGUUGGUGCUGAAAUGGUGUGUGAAUUGUACAGUGCUGCUGAGGUCAACUUCAACUGCACCACCUCUGGUUUGGUGCAAGGUGUUUUGGGGAACCCGGCAGCCACUGGCAUUGGUCGUCUCACCUGCCUGCUUCAUGUCAGGAAUCCAGAGGCAGAUUCAGUGAUGGUCUAUUUGAAGACAGGACAAGAAUUUAACUCAUCUGGACUCAAGACCUUUGAAAGGACCAGUUUUCAGAAUGUGCUUUCUGGCGUGUAUCACUCCAUGGUGCUCUCUGCAGCCAGCGCAUCUCUGACUGACGCUCAGCUCUUCUGUCGGCAGACUUGCAGCAGGGACUCUUGCUGUGACGGCUUCAUCUUGAGUCAGAUUGCUCUUGAUGGAGGUACCAUUUUGUGUGGUUUGAUGAGCUACCCAGACGUGCUGAUCUGCAAUGCAAAUGACUGGAGUCCAACACCAACCUCUGUCAUAGAUGGGAUAUGUAAAGGUGUGAGCUAUGAUGAGAAAGAGACGUUUUCCUUCACCCUGGGGGAACAAGUGUUCGGUGGAACUUCUGAGUUGGCAGAAGAGGCAGAAAGAAAUUUUACUACCUUUCAGCAAGUUUAUUUGUGGAGAGGCUCUGAUAUGAUCACCCGGACUAAAACCUCUGCAUGCGAUGCUACUGCUUUGAAGGCAGAGAAUGAUCUAACGUUAUCAGAUUCCACGAAGGAUCUUUUCUACCUAAUGGACAACAGCCGGAUACAAAGUGACCAGGACUAUUCUCUCCCAUACCAGCAGUACUGGAUCUUUAGGCAAAAGUACUCAGCAGAGGAAGCUGUGCUUUGGUGUCUCACACGUUGUGCACAAGAAGAUGAGUUUUGUCGAAUGGCAGAUCUUCAAAACGCCACAGACAUAUACUUUGUGUGCACCCUCUAUCCAGAGGCACAGAUUUGUGAUGGCAGCAUCAAUCAAAUACCGGAAAACUGUCGAACCGUGCUACCCCGACAAACACAGACAUUGUAUCAUAAAAUAGUCACUCUAAAAAGCUCUGUGAAGAGCUUCUACACACGUGUACCAUUCAAGAAAGUAACUGGGAUCUCAGUGAGGAAUAAGACUGACAUGAGCCAAAAAGCUGUUUCAGAUGGCUUUUUUGAGUGUGAGCGUCGGUGUGAUGCUGACCCCUGUUGCAUGGGAUUUAGCUUUUUUAAUGACUCCCAACUACCAGGUGGAAAGAUUUUGUGCCUGACUCUGAACAGCCUAGGAAUCCAGACAUGUGCUGAGGAAGCAAGAAGUUCUUGGCAAGUUUCAAAUUGUAGUUCACCAGACACUGAAGUCAGAAUCCACCCGUUUGGCUGGUAUGAAAAGCCUGCUGACUUGAAGAACACUGUGCCUAACCUGUGUCCACCUCUUAGUUUACCUCUCAGCCCAGGAAGUGAGAGGGUAAAGACACAUAGGACCAUAGAACAAUGGAAAAAGCCUCCAAAGGAAGGGUUUCACAAGUACGUGGACAGCAAAAGAAAGAGUAGGGAAGAUGUGGGUCUGCUGCUGAAUGGGGCAGGAUACUUGGUGGUAAUGGAUAUGGAACAGGCUGAGGUUCUUAGUGCUUUCUUCACCUCAGUCUUUACUGAGUAUUCGGAUGUAUGGCAACGCUUAAAUGUGUCCUCUGUUCUCAUGGAUUCAUCCAUAUUAAACUUCGAAGUUGUGCACGUUAGUAGAGAUAUAUCCAAUGACUUCUCCACUGCCAGAGACUUUUGUCUGUUUGCUUGUUCAAAGAACCAGUCAUGUAUGGUGGUUACAUUGGAAAUCCAGCCUUCGGCAACAAGAUGCCUUUUCUACCCCGAUACACAGAUAUGUACACAUGGCCUACAAGGGCACAGCUGCCGGGUUUUACUCAGAGAGCCAGCUACGUAUGUCUAUAGAAGACAAGGUAUUCAGCCCGUUUCUGAAUCGGGUUUAACUCCAUCUGUGUACACCCCAUCCCAUGGAGAACUGAUUGGUACAUCCCAGGUGAUCCACAUUGGCUCGGAGUGGAGAAAUAUCAGCCAGUUUCUGGGGAUCCCGUAUGCUGCGCCUCCCCUUGCAGAGAGACGCUUCAGUCCUCCGGAGCCGUUUGCUUGGGUGGCAACCUGGAAUGCUACUGCAGCUCGGGCAGCUUGUUGGCAGCCAGGAGAUGGAGAGGCCCCAUCAUACUCUGUCAGUGAAGACUGCCUGUAUCUGAACAUCUUUGUUCCUGCCACCACUGUCAAAAACAUGUCAGUGUUGCUGUUCUUCCACAAUGGAGGGAGUUAUAACGCUGAAGCGGGAAAGACAACCAUAGAUGGAUCAUACCUAGCUGCCAUCAGCAACAUCAUUGUCGUGACAGCAAACUACCGGGUCGGUGUUUUUGGUUUCCUUAGUACUGGCUCUCCUGAGGUGAGUGGAAACGCUGGCCUUUUGGAUCAAUUGGCUGCUUUGAAGUGGGUGCAGCAGAACAUCGCUAGCUUUGGAGGAGAUCCAAGCCAGGUUUCUUUAGGAGCUGACCGCGGUGGGGCAGAUGUUAUCAGCAUUCACCUGCUCACAGAGGCAGUGGAUAUGGACCUCUUCAGGAGGAUGCUGUUGAUGGGAGGUUCAGCUUUUUCUCCAGCAUCCAUUAUUACUAAGAGGAGAGCACAAACCCAAGCAGCAGUCCUGGCUGAAGAUGUGGGAUGCCUUUCAUCCACCAGUGAGGAAGUUGUAGCCUGCCUCCGCCAGUUGCCUGCUCGUGUCCUCAAUGAUGCACAGACUAAGCUCCUAGCUAUAAGUGGCCCAUUCCAGUACUGGGGUCCAGUGAUGGAUGGAAUUUACCUUCGGGAACCUUUAGCUAAAGCCCUGCAACGCCCUCAAAUUCGGAAAGUAGAUCUGCUCAUUGGAAGUGCUCAGCAAGAUGGAUUGAUCAGCAGGGCUAAGGCAAUUAAGAAAUUUGAAGAAAGUCAAGGAAGAGCUAACAGCAAAACAGCCUUUUAUCAGGCUCUGCAAAAUUCGCUAGGAGGAGAAGACUCCAACUCAGUCGUUGAAGAUGCAGCUACGUGGUAUUACUCACUUGAACACUCAACCGAUGAUUAUUCAUCGUUUUCCAGGGCUUUGGAAAAUGCCACCCGUGACCAGUUUAUCACGUGUCCCAUCAUUAAUAUGGCCAGUCACUGGGCUGCUGCCUCCAGAGGAAAUGUCUUCAUGUACUACGUACCUGAGAAUGAAGGCCAUUAUGCUGCGGAUCUCUUGCUGGAUGUUCAGUAUGCGUUUGGACUGCCAUUCUACACGAAGUAUGAAGAACAAUUUACCCUGGAAGAAAAGAGCCUGUCCUUGAAAAUUAUGCAGUAUAUCUCCAAUUUUGUAAACUCUGGAAAUCCAAACUACCCUCAUAGUUUCUCAAGAAGAAUGUCAGGGGUGAUGCCCCUCUGGCCUAUGUAUCUGCCAAAUGAUGACGGUGAUAACUACAAGGAGUUCACUGUUUCCUUGCCAACUCUUAAAGGAUUGAAAAAAGCAGACUGUUCCUUUUGGUCUGAUUAUAUCAGGAGACUGAAAACAUCCACAGGAAGUGCAAGUAAUGAAGAACCGUCUGCAGAAAACAGCCCUAAUGCAGCUCCCAGUGAAGGACUUACCACCCAGAAUGGCCAGCCGCUGGGAGACAAGGUGGCUUACAGCAGAUAG